AAGUCUGGCAAACCAUAUGUAGAAGAGAGUGCAUUUGAAGCACUGGAAAAAGACUUCCAAGAUGUCAUCAAUCUACUUAAGGGAGAUAAAACUCUGGAAAAAUUCCGAAUAGAGUAUGAGAAGCUCCAUGCUGUUAUGAAGAAGUCUCAUGAAAAUGAAAAGCGUCUCAUGGAGAAAUGCAGGGAGCUGAAUGCUGAGCUUGUGGUGAAUUCAUCUAAAGUAGCUGCACUCACAGAACUCUCUAAAGAUGAUCGGGGAACUAUAUCGUCAUUGAAGACGGAGAUUGAAAAGGCCUGGAAAAUGGUGGAUACAGCCUAUGAAAAGGAACAGAAAGCGAAAGAAACGAUUAAUUCACUGCAAGAGGAAGUUGCACGCCUAACUAAAUUAGUGGAGCAAGGAUCCAGACUAUCCCAGGGACAGGAGUACAGUAUCCAGGAUUUGCUAAAACUUAAAGAAGAGAUAACAAAGGAGCGAGACCAACUCUUGUCAGAGGUUGUGAAGUUACGUCAAAGUCUAACUCAAGCCACAGAGCAGCAGCAGGAUGCCGAGAGGGCAAAAAACGAGGCAGAUCAAUCUGUUAUGCAGCUUCAGCAAGAAAUCCAGCUGCAUCAGAAUGAGGCAUCACGAGAGGCUCGAAAGAAGGAAAAAAUGGAGAAGGAGCUGAAAAAUCUUCUAGCUGAAAUGGAUAACAAGCAAGCUGAGAUCAAGAAUUUACAGCAACAUAUACAGAGGAGCAAAGAGGAACAACUGAAAAUGGAACAGCAUCUAAAAGAGCAGAAGAUCUUGAAUGAAAGAGCUGGUAAGGAACUUGAGCAAUCUCAGAUGAGAAAUAAUAAGCUCAUGCAAGAGAGCGAGCAGCAUAAUGUGAUGUUUGAAGAGGUGAUGCAGGAUAUCCAGCAAAAGACAGCAGAACUGAAAGCCAGAGAGGAUGAAUUGACUCAGACGCGCCUUGAAAUUUCAAAGCUGAACAAAGUAAGAGAUGUUCUCCAGAAUAAGCUGCGUGUUGCAGAGGAGCAAAAAGUUGAUGCAGAACAUGAGAGGAACACCCUAAAAAAUCAAAUAUCUAGACUGGAGAGAGAGUUGGAGGCUGCCAAAAAGCAGGUGGAGAUUGACAAGAAAGCUAUAGAUGAGCUUGUGAGGGAAAGGGAUAUGCUAAGCAAGAACUUGGUCAAGGCUACCAGUGCCACUCAGAAGCAGAUAAAUUUGGUGAAGCUCCAUGAACAGUCAAAGAAGAACUUGGAAGAAGAAAUCCAAAAUUAUAAGAACGAAGCUCAGAAACAAAGGAAGAUUAUUUAUCAGUUGGAGAAGGAGAGAGAUUGUUUCAUCAAUGAAACCAGUGAGCUCAAACAGAAGGUCCUCCAGCACCUGAAAGAUGUUGAAAUACAGGAAAUGCAGAUCUGUGACUAUGAGAAGAAAGUAGCAGAGUCUACAAUUAAAUUAAAACAGCAACAAACCCGCUGUGAAGCUGUGAGAACAGAGAGGAACCUGUACAGUAAAAAUCUGAUUGAAGCUAAG